AUGCGCUUCCUUUUCGCCUCAGCCAUCCUCCUCGGCACAGCCACCGCAGGCCUCAGACCCGACGAAAUGGCCUGCAGCAUCAAGAACUCCUACGUCGUCGACGCCAUCAACAAACUCUGCUCCAAGUAUGACAUGGUCGCUCCGAGCGAUUACAGCUCUUCUGGCGUAAAGAGCGACCCUCCGUAUGCUUGGGUUGCUAUUAACGGCAAAUGUGAUCCUCCCCAAUGGGUUCCCGCCGACAUUUGUAAAGCCCAAUUCUACAUGAUGUGUAACACGGGCGAUAACGUCGGCAAUAACGCUUGGAGUUUUGGAAAGAAUGAUUGUCAGAGAUGGGAUAUCGUGGCGAGUAAGAGUCAGAAAGAGAAGGCACCGCCACUUAAGAGCGGCACCAGUCGUUGGGAGUUUGAUGGGACGUCGAUUUUGAGCGUGUUCGGGAUUGGGAAGAGGGAGAUCGAGGCUUAUCAGAGAAAUGUGGAUGAGGUUAUGGAUGCGGCGAGGAGGGAUAGAAAGUGA